UGCUUUGGAGGGAAAACAUACGUUAGUUUUGCUUAUUUACAAUUUUGCGAUGGACCCCGGGAAGUUAGAGUGCAUUUUCUUCAGUGAAUUUCACCCCACAGCAGGUCAUAAAAUAACUUAUCAGGUACCGGAAGACUAUGUAUCGCGAGAGCUGUUUGACACGUUGCAUGUCUACAUCAUCACCAAACCAGAAUUACAGAACAGAUUGAUUACAAUAAAUGCUCUUGGCCGCAAGAUUAUAGGCUGCCCAGUCAACAUUCAAAAUGACAAGUAUUCCCGCAACGCCCUGCUGUUCAACUUGUGCUUUGUCUGUAAUGCAUCGACGGACACAGCACCUUAUGAACCACUGGUGAAGAAACUCGCAAACUACCUCUUAACGUUGGAGUUGGAGAGUGGCUUUUUGUCCAACGAUGAGAGCAAGGAACGUCUUCCCAGCAUCCUCUCUGAUCUUCUGUCGCAACUCAACAGUCACGGGAAAUGUUCUAUUCCAAUCAAUGAAUCCAACACCAUCCAUUUGAAGAUCGUACCCCCAACCAAAGAUCCACAGGCAGUGCUGGAGCACCAUGUACCCAUGUUCUUGACAGACCGCAAUGCCUAUGAUUCCAGCCACUGGGAUCUCACUACACAACAGAUCUUACCCUACAUCGACGGUGUCAAUCACGUACAAAGAAUCGCUACCGAGGCCGAUGUGGACAUCAAUCUCGUCAAGAUAUGUCUGCAAACUAUGUUGUACUAUGGAGUCAUCACAAUUGUUCCCAUUUUCCAGUAUUCAAAUGUGUACAUCACACAGCCAGAUAUCAAUAAAUUGGCAGAGGAUGAAGCACUACAGGAAGAAUGCAUCAAGUAUGUCACCAAGAAUGAAAUGGCCAGCGCUCCGCCCCUCCGGUCCAUCAUGCACCUCUACGGCAGCCUGAGGUCAGACAUCAGUGUCAAAGACCUGUGCCUUCGAUUUGACCCAAGGUCAAUGAAUAUUGAUGAAAGACAUUUAAUACAGUUUGGAGUUCUGCGUGGUCUCAUCAAAAGACUCCAUCAGUAUCCAGUCAGGGUGCCAGACCGUGUUGAUCAGCAACGGACCCAGCCACUAGACAGAUACAUGAACGGCCACUUCAACUUUGACGAGAUUUGCUGUAAGACGGGCCAAAGUCACCAGGAAUUGGAAGAUUACGUUGAGAACGAUCCUCACAUUCAUGUACUCUGGAAAUGAGGUUGUCAAACUACCAUCAAUUGAUGAGACACUAGAUGCUUCGCUGAUUUCGCAGAUACAUGAACGGCCACUUCAACUUUGACAAGAUUUGCUGUAAGACGGGCCAAAGUCACCAGAAAUUGGAAGAUUACGUUGAGAACGAUCCUCACAUUCAUGUACUCUGGAAAUGAGGUUGUCAAACUACCAUCAAUUGAUGAGACACUAGAUGCUUCGCUGCUUCUGUAAUUAUCAUCAACCUCUCCUCGACUUUCAUUAUCAUCAUUGCUGUCUGAGUCAUCCUCAAAUGACAUAAUUAAGAGGCGUUUCAUCAGGACGAUGAGGUGUUUCAUCAGGACGAUUGAGAAUGUCGGUUGACAUACAACCCCAAAUGUGGCAUUAAGUAAUGUUGUGUGCAAAUGUGUACACCAAAUUAAAAGGCAAUCAGGUAUGUUGUGUAUGAAUGUGUACAUGUACUUUUCAAAAUUGUUUUCAACAGCAAAAACUUGAAUGAGAAAAAAAUUAACUUUUCUAUAUAACUGAGAGCUGGUACAUAGCUAUGUGACCAAAAAAAACCCACUUUGUUUUUAGAUUUCACACUAAACUUGCAUCUUUGGAAAGAUUGAAAAGAACUGUAAAAUGAUAUAAAGAUGAACCUUCUCGGACAAUUUUAA